UAAACCAAAGGCUACCCUUUUUCAAACGGUAGGCUACAAUAUUAAUUGAUGGCCCUUUCUCUCACUUGCACAUCCUCGUCCUUACUCCUUUAUUCAACUGCUGAGGUUUAAUUAUCAUUAUCCUCCAUCAAUUAAAUAGCCUAUCUAGCAAAUGGAACUACUCAUGGUUUCCUCAUCUCCCAUGGUAACGGCCUCACUACCCAGUGGAGACAACCAGUUACCAUUAGGCCUUCAACAUAUGCUUCAGUAUGUUGUCAAAAGCCAGCCUGAAUGGUGGGCGUACGUUAUUUUCUGGCAAACAUCUAACGACGAUGAGGGAAAAGCCUUUUUAGCUUGGGGAGACGGUUAUUUCCAAGGACGCGGUGCAGCACCUAAUAACAACAAAGGUAGCACCAGCAGCUCAGAUUCACAGGCCCAGUCUGAGAGAAAAAAAGCCAUCCGAGAAAUUCAAGCUUUAAUGGAUGAUACUACUAAUGCUCUAUUGGACGACGGUGAUGUAUCCGAUACUGAAUGGUUCUACGUGAUGUCGUUGGCUCGUUCUUUCUCUGCUGGAGAUGGAUCAGUUCUUGGUAAAGCUUUUAGUAGAGGUGAUUUUUUGUGGAUAACAGGUGCAGCCCAAUUUCAGGUUUAUUACACCUGUGAAAGGGCUAAAGAAGCACAGAUCCAUGGAAUUCAGACUAUGGUUUGCAUUCCAACUGCAAACGGAGUUCUUGAAUUGGGCUCAACACACUUAAUCAAACAGAAUUUGAGCACGGUUCAACAGGUCAAGUCCUUGUUCCUCUCUUGUCCGCCUAUUCAAUUUCUAGAAAAUACUAUUUGUUUUGCUGAUAUUGGCCUUGUCACUGGGCUGCCACAAAAAGGAAAUAAUGAUGACAAUAGCAAAAAACUACAGCUUCCUGAUUCGGAUAAAUUAAAGGCAGUACCAAGGAAAAGGGGGAGAAAGCCCAAGGGGGGCGGUGAGGAUACUAAUAUGGCGGCGUUGAACCAUGUAGAGGCGGAGAGACAAAGGAGGGAGAAGCUCAACCACCGUUUCUACGCGUUACGUUCCGUUGUACCCGACGUUUCAAGAAUGGACAAAGCGUCAUUGCUAUCAGACGCUGUGUCCUACAUCAACAAACUCAAAGCCAAAGUGGAUGAAUUGGAAUCGCAACUAACUGAUCACAACAUCAGCAAGAAACAGAAAAUUACAACGGAAUUGUCAACUGAUAACCAAAGCACCACUACUUCGGCGUCUAAUUCAACAGUUGAGCCGGAGGUUGAAGUGAAGAUUUUGGGCCCGGAUGCGAUGAUAAGGGUUCAAUCAGAGAACGUGGAUUAUCCAUCAGCGAAACUCAUGAUUGCGCUUCAACAUCUACAAAUGCAAGUCCAUCAUGCUAGCAUCUCAACUGUCAAUAAUCUCGUGCUUCAUGAUGUUGUGGUUAGAGUUCCUCAGGGAUUGAGCACUGAAGAUGAAUUAAAGACUGCUCUUCUUACUAGAUUAGAACAAUAGUUACGUAUUUUUGGCUGGAAAUCUUUUAGCUUCUCCGAAUUAGUCGGAUCAGCAAGCUCUGAAUAUUAGUAAGUACAAUCACUAGUAAAUUACCUUGUGGUAGUGCUGGUAAUCAACACGAAUAGUUGUGUCGGUACAAGUUAGUCGUGUCUUACAGAUGCUUAAAGAAUUAUCUUAUUACAA